UGGAUAGACUUUUGCAUGGUGUUAGUAAUAGUUUUAACAACCUUGCAUGGGAUUAACACAGGGGGUCUACCUGUUGCACUUGGUCUUCUGUACCUGCUGUUUCUGUGGGCAGCGUGGCCCCAUUUGAUGCACAGACAUCAGGAAUCUCCUAACGCAAUGUCCCUGCCUCAGAAAGUCACUUAGGUGUAGUGGUGGCAGCAUCUGUCAGCACCUGUGUGAAGAUAAAGUGCUAGCUGGCAGCCUGCCUUUUUUUUUUUUCUUUUUUUUUUUUUUCGUGGCUUGUUUUGUUUCUUACCCCUCGUUCGGGAGGAGCACACCUCUUCCCCAGCACGAGGGGAGCCUCGGAGCAGGGCACCGAGGCCCCUGAAGGCUGCGGGACCUGGAGCCGCAGCUCCCCGAGGCGCCGAGGCCGCCAGGCGGGGGAGCUGGAGGCGGCGCGGAGCGGCCCCGGCUCCACAAAAUGGCGGCGGCCGCGCGAGCACCGCGAGAGGCGCGGGGAGGGAGGCGGGGUUGCCGUGGUAACGCAGGAGCCAUGGGGCCCGGCCUCGGGGGCAGCCCCUACCCCGCAGGUGUGCGAUACCACGCCAUGGAGGAGCGCGCCAACCUGAUGAACAUGAUGAAGCUCAGUAUCAAAACCCUCAUCCAGUCGGCCCUGAGCCUGGGCCGCACGCUGGACUCGGACUUCCCUCCCUUGCAGCAGUUCUUCGUGGUGCUGGAGCACUGCCUCAAACAUGGCCUAAAAGGAGCUGUGAAGAAGACCUUUAUUGGGCAGAACAAAUCUUUCUUUGGUCCUUUGGAACUUGUGGAAAAACUGUGUCCUGAAGCAUCAGAUAUAGCGACUAGUGUUAAAAAUCUGCCAGAGUUGAAGACUGCUGUGGGAAGAGGAAGGGCUUGGCUUUACCUGGCACUCAUGCAAAAGAAGUUGGCAGAUUAUCUCAAAGUGCUCUUGGACCACAAGCAUCUAUUAAGUGAAUUUUACGAGCCUGAUGCGUUAAUGAUGGAGGAGGAAGGAGCAGUCAUUGUGGGUCUGUUAGUUGGACUGAACGUUAUUGAUGCAAACCUUUGCUUGAAAGGAGAAGACUUGGAUUCCCAGGUUGGAGUGAUUGAUUUUUCCUUGUACCUGAAGGAAACGCAGGACAGUGAUAGCAAACAAGAUGGAGGGAUCACUGCUGUUCUUGACCAGAAGCAUUAUGUAGAAGAACUUAACCGGCAUCUAAGUUGCACAGUUGCUGAUCUCCAGAACAAAAUAGACUGUUUAGAGAAGACUAAUUCAAAGCUGCAGGAAGAGCUGGCAGCAGCAACUGACCGAAUUGGAUCUCUUCAGGAAGAGCAGCAGCAGUUAAAACAACAAAAUGAAUUAAUUCGUGAACGGAGUGAAAAAAGUGUAGAGGUAACAAAAGAGGAUACAAAAGUAGAAUUGGAUACUUACAGGCAGUCUCGGCAGGGUCUUGAUGAAAUGUACAGUGAUGUCUGGAAGCAGUUGAAAGAAGAAAAAAAGAUAAGGCUGGAACUAGAAAAAGAGUUGGAGCUACAGAUCGGAAUGAAAACAGAAAUGGAAAUUGCCAUGAAACUUCUGGAAAAAGAUACUCAUGAAAAACAAGACACCCUGGUUGCGCUUCGGCAGCAGUUAGAAGAAGUGAAAGCUAUUAACUUGCAGAUGUUUCACAAAUCUCAGAAUGCAGAGAGUUCAUUACAACAGAAAACAGAAGCAAUAUCUUCCUUUGAAGAAAAAACAAAUGAGAUGAUGUCUUCUAUGAAACAAAUGGAAGAGAGAUUGCAGCACGCAGAAAAAGCAAGGCAAGCUGCAGAAGAAAGAUGCAACAAGAUGAAGCAAGAGCUUGCUGGCAGGCUUGACACUUGUCGGCAACAGAUGUCCCAGCUGGACAGCAAAUGCUCAACUCUGGAAAAGGAGUUAAAAUCUGAAAAGGAACAGAGACAAACUUUGCAAAGAGAACUACACCAAGAGAAGGAUGCUACCUCUCUGCUUAAAACAGAAUUGGAACAAAUGGAAGGACUGAAAAAGGAACUGAGAAAACUGCAAGAUGAGAAGCAGCAGUUAGAGAAAGUCUGUGAAGAACAGGAGCAAGCUCUUCAGGAAAUGGGACUUCAUCUCAGCCAAUCUAAGCUGAAGAUGGAAGACAUUAAAGAAGUAAAUAAAGCAUUAAAGGGUCAUACCUGGCUGAAGGAUGAUGAAGCAACGCACUGCAAGCAAUGUGAAAAGGAAUUCUCUAUCUCAAGAAGAAAGCAUCACUGCAGGAACUGCGGGGACAUCUUCUGCAACACGUGCUCCAGCAAUGAACUUGCACUGCCAUCGUAUCCUAAACCUGUCCGUGUCUGUGAUACGUGUCACACCUUACUACUUCAGCGGUGCUCAUCUAAUUCCUCCUAAGGCUCUGGUAACCUCUAAGGGACCACUUUAGCAUUGGGAAAGUAGCCAUUAUUUUUUUAAUUAUGAAUUCCAGGCACCUUCUGUGCAGCACUGUCUGCUCUCUAGUAUUUUCCACUGUUGGAUAGGUCAGUGUAAAAGAAUGUAGGGCUUAAUUAUGCAAGUUAAUAUUUCUCCAACUGGAAUUACUGAGAAAACUUAUUGUGUAAUUUCCAUUAUAGUUCUAUUUGAAAUUAAAAUGCACACUCACUUUCCAAUUUUUAUAGACAAGGUAUUUGUACUAAAAUUUGUAUAUGGCAUUUCUACAGUUACACCCAAUCCCUGUAAAAGUUUAUUCUGCACAUUAAUGUCACUUCCUCUGUGUUCAGUGUAGGUGUUCCUGUUUGUUAUACUUGGCUACUGUACAGUUUUGUAUUUGUGCUGAGGAAUGUCCAUUUAUGAAUUAUCUAUGGAAAGAGCUUUAUCCGUGUUAAUGAAUGUGCCUUCAGUAUACUUCCUAGUCAAAACCUGCAACUUAACACUUGUUCUGAAAGUGGCUGUGAACACAGUAUGGUAGCUGCACAAUAAAGCCUUUUGCAAAAACUGAAA